AUUAAUUCAGUUUUUAUUACGUUCCCUUAAUGUAUUAGAAACAUUUAAUGAUAACUCAAGAAGUAGAAAGUUUAGUUGUUGUGUAGCAGAGAAAAUUAGUGGCAACCAUAAACAAAAAAUGUAAACAAACCAAAAGGCGCGAAAAAGAAGCAAGCAACAAGGCCAAACGAAAUAAUCGUAAGUACUACCAUAUAACAAAGUGCAUUUUGAAACAAAGUUAUGGAUUCUGUUGGAGAGGAACCACCCAAGAAAAUUAUCAAGACAGAACCAAAUGAAGAUGUGUUAAAACCAGAAAUUGGAGAAAUCAAAGAAGAAACUGAACUGAAAGAAGUUGACGUUAAAGAAGAAAUACCAGCCACCAAGGACAUAAAGACUGAAUGUGACGAUUCUACCGCAGACUCGGAUGUCGUUGUGGAUAAAAUUGAUUCACUCAAAACUUUGGGGCCUUUUAUUGCGACACGAGACAAUUCGCAAAAUACUGUUUAUUUCCAGGACGUGCCCGAUAUUUGCAAGACUGAACCAUGUAUGCUGGGGGUGGACGAAGCUGGACGUGGUCCAGUUCUCGGUCCAAUGGUUUAUGGCAUAGCUUUCUGCCCGUUAAGUAGGAAGCAAGUAUUGAUUGAUUUAGGGUGUGCUGACUCCAAACAGUUAACCGAAGAAAAGCGUGAGUUUAUAUUUAAUGAAAUGAAUACUUCUGAGACACCACGGGAUUGUGUUGGUUGGGCUGUAGAAUUGAUUUCACCUAACGUUAUUAGCACUAGUAUGCUACGACGCACGAAAUGUUCACUCAAUGAAGUGUCUAUGACAUCAGCUAUUGAACUUAUUAAACGUGCUAUCGAGGAAGGCGUUAAUAUAGCAGAGGUAUAUGUAGAUACAGUUGGACCACCAGAAAAAUAUCAAGAAAAGUUGAAAGGAAUAUUUCCACAAUUUAAAAUUACUGUCGCUAAAAAGGCGGAUUCUACUUAUCCAAUUGUCUCGGCCGCUAGUAUUUGCGCGAAGGUCACACGUGACACCGCUUUAAAGGUAUGGAAAUUUCCCGAGGAUAUCAAGUUGAGUUCUGUUAAAUUUGGUAGUGGUUAUCCGGGCGAUCCAGUUACUAAACGUUUUCUCAGUGAGAAUUUGGACAUGGUGUUCGGUUUCCCACGGCUUGUACGUUUCAGCUGGUCAACGGCGGAGAAUGCUUUGGCUAAUAAAGUAUUUGAAAUGGAAUUCGAUGAACCAGACGAUCAAAAACCGAGAUAUGCUGGGCCUAAGUUAACUCAGUUUUUCAAAGGGGCAACAAAAACUGGUGAUGUGCAACGUAAACCCUGUCGAUUUUUUAAGGAACGCUUUCUAGAUAGCGUUACCGACUUCUAAUAAGGCAAAAAUUAUAAAAUACUAUUUAGUGAAAGAUAAUAUGCGAAUUAUAUAAUCUUGUUUUAAUACAUUUUUAGUUAUAAUAAAAAUUCAAUGAAUAAAAUUUCUUAUAUUGUUGGCAUAUCUGCAGUACUGCCCAUAAGAAUAUAACGACGAUCAGAAUUAGUAUAAAA